CGUUGUCAAGGAGACGGAUGUUCCACCUUAUUGGUUAAAGGUCAGUGAGCGACUGCAGCCCAUCGCUGAGAUCAGCUGAUCGCUUCAUCCUCACUGCUGCUAGCGAAACAGCUGGCAGUUAUGAGCCCACCUAUCGAUUUAACAUUAUAUAAUAAGCUCCUGGCCUUGCUGAGAAACUGAGAGCAUCUGGCCAACCGAGCGGAGCGGAAGCGUUGACUGGAGAUAAAUAAUGUCUUAUCUCUGAGGAUGGGAGGAAGUGGAUCCAAAGUCAAAGGUUCCUGGCCUUUCACAGGCAGCGGAGGGGAUUCAGGGGCCGAUGGAAGCGAGCAGUCUCUGGCCCGACUGAAAGGCUCCAGGAAUGCAACACCAUUUGUUUUCACAAGAAGGAGCUCCUUGUACUUCGAUGAGGAUGGGGAUCUAGCCCAUGAAUUCUACGAAGAGACAGUGGUGACAAAAAACGGCAGAAGAAGGUCGAAGUUGAAAAGGAUCCAGAAGAACCUGAUUCCACAGGGAAUCGUGAAGCUCGACCACCCGUGCAUUCAUGUAGAUUUCCCCAUCGUCCUCUGUGAGGGGUGAGGAGUUUCUCAGCUCUGAUCUCCUCAAAACUUUACGGCGAAACUUCUACAGUCAGACAGGAUUGUGGUCAAGACUGGGAAAAUGGUUCUGCUUGGGAAAACAUCGAACAUUCAACCCGUAUUGUUAAAUUGCUCCAUUUAAACUGUGGUUACAGAGUGUUCUGUUCUUGCUGUCACUUUGCAGUAGUGCCGGAAAUGGUUUACAAAACAAAUCAUCUGACCUGUAAGCCAUCCGGAGAAGUAUCCACAUCGUAUUUUCCCUGUGAAGUUUUUUUUCUUCUUCUUUUGUGCUGGGAGAAACUAAAAUGAUGUGAAAAGGCGGUAAUUGUUUUUGCCUUCAGUGAAACGCUAAACUGUGUGUGUUAAACUGUACGGUUCUUUUUACAUGUUGGUUAGAUCUGUGGAAGGCGGAUGGCAGAAUAAAGGGUAGCAAUAAAAGUGGAUUUUUUUAAGUUCUUAUGCAUAAACUUGUGUUCUGUAUCGUCAUGUCUGAGUCUGUCUUAGCUUCUGGAGCUCAGACCUGCACUAGUGAACAUAAUGUACUGUAAAUACUUUCUUAGUUGGAAAUACUUGAAUAAAUGUUUUAAUGAACUGA